AUGGGUGUCCCCAAGUUUUACAGAUGGAUUAGCAAGAGGUAUCCUACAAUCGUUGAAAAUGUCAGACCUGAUCAGGUUCCUGAUUUUGAUAAUCUCUACUUGGACAUGAAUGGCAUCAUCCACUCGUGCUCUCAUCCAGAUGAGGCUGAUCCUUGCUUCAGGAUCACUGAAGAACAGAUAUUCGAAGAUAUAUUCCAUUACAUUGAGUCUCUGUUCUGCAUGAUACGCCCCAAGAAAGUGUUUUUCCUGGCUAUUGACGGUGUUGCUCCUAGAGCCAAAAUGGGCCAAAUGAGAAGUGGAAGGUAUGCCAACCCUGAACAUUGGGUGAUUUGGUUUUCCCGCUGCCAAGGUGAUGAGAAAUCAAAAACUGCAGCCACAGAAAAGGGCAAAAUUUUGCCCCCAGGAGAGCCCUUUGAUCCGAACUGCAUCACUCCCGGCACAGA